AUGUCUUCCUCCAUUUUCUUCCGCUUCAAGUCGCAGAAGGAUCCGCUACAGAUCACUUUCGAUGGCACCAGUCUGUCGGUGUUUGAGGUGAAACGUGAAAUCAUAGCGCUGUCCAAGUUGGGCGACGGUACGGACUUCGACCUCGACAUCUACAGCGCCGACGGGAAAGAUCCAGUCUACGAUGACGAUACCACUCAGAUUCCUCGAUCCACCACGGUCAUCGCCAGGCGACACCCUUCAAGACCAGGCGCUGGCCGAGCCGCACGCUACGUCACCGGCAAGAUGCCCGUCAACGCCAAGAACGCACACCGCAUCGAAUCUAUCGCUUCCUCGGCACCGAUCAAGAGUACGCCGGUCGCCAACAAUAUGGUUAAUGUAGGAGGCAAGGAGAUGAGCGAGGAGGAGAAGCUGCAAGCCCUACUGAGCGCGAACGAUCAAUCGUGGAGGGCCGAUCAAGCAUCCAUGUCGCACAAGCCCGUUGUACGUAGUACUUACAAUAAGUCGGCCGCUGUCCCCGACAAGCCGUUACCCCCGGGCUACCUUUGUCAUCGCUGCGGCGAGAAAGGCCACUGGAUCCAAGCAUGCCCCACUAACAACGACCCCAACUUCGACAACCGCAAAAAGAUCAAACGCACCACUGGCAUUCCCCGUUCCUUCCUCAAGGCCGUUGAAAAGCCGCCCGACGGCGAAGAAGCCAAUCUCGACCCCGCGCAACGGCCGAAGAACAUCAUGUACACUGCCGACGGGGAGAUGGUGACGUUUGAGCCGGACAACGCCACGUGGGAAAAGAUCCAGGAGAAGCAGCAUGCGGCGGCGGAGAAGGCCAAGGUGGUUGCGUCGGACGAGCAGGAAGUGCGGGAUCGUGGGCUCGAAUGUUCCCUACAUAAUGGCAUUUUCGUCGAGCCCACCAAGACUCCGUGUUGCGAAAGGACGUUCUGCAAUAAUUGUAUUGAGAGCGCGCUCCUCGACAGCGAUCUCAAGUGUCCUAGUUGUGAGACGCAGCCUGUGUUGCUGGAUCAGCUGCAGCCUGAUGAAGAAGUGGUGGCGAAGCUGAAGGCGUAUGAAGAGGAGAAGAAAGCGGAGAAGGAGAAGAAGCAGACGGAGACGACUCAAAGUCCUGCCGCUGCACCACCUGCAGAUAGCACAGCCUCGACAGACGGACUUGCAGUCCAAGCCAACGGCCUGGAAUCCGGCGCUUCCACCCCCAACGGCAAAAAGCGCGCCGCAGAAGACGAGCUACCAAACGACCGCAAACCCUCGAACCCCGCCGCCGCCGCCGCAGAAAUGAAGAAGACGGGCUCCAGCCAAGGCAAAUCGACUCCCACCGGACCAGCCGCCGCAUCAAAAGCUCCCCAGCCGCCCAUCGCUCCCGCAGCAGAUCUCACGGAAUUCCACAAGCAAAUGCAAGCCAUGUCGGCCAGCAUGGGCGGGAUGCAGAAUGGAAUGCCGGCCAUGAUGAACCCGAUGAUGGGCGGCUUCAAUCCGAUGAUGAUGGGCAUGCCACCCAUGCCGGGGAUGCCUGGGAUGUCUGGAAUGCCUGGGAUGCCUGGGAUGCCUAUGAUGGGGAUGCCGGGUAUGAACAUGCCCAACUUCAACGGCGGCAACAUGAAUAUGAACGGGUGGCAUGGAAAUGGUAUGGGGCCUGGCAAUUGGCAGGGCGGUGGUGGGAUGGGUAGGGGAGGAGGCAUGCAGGGCAAUGGGAAUGAUGGUGGUGCGUAUAUGCGGCAGCCUGUCAAUCCCAAUCGCCAUCGGGGAAAGUAUCAGCGGCCGCGGAGUGCGGAUUAUCGACAGAUCUGA